CUACUGUAAAGCUGAGGUCAAGAGAAGAAAAGCAUGGCCGCCUUAUUCAGAGGGUCUCGAAACUUAUUGAAAAGGUGGAAUAAGAAUGUCGACUUGGCGCUGGUCUCCUCCAGGUCUAUGGCCUCCAAGACACAGGUGGGGUUUGUUGGAUUGGGAAACAUGGGGAACCCCAUGGCCAAGAACCUGCUGAAGCAUGGCUACCCAAUCAUCGCCACUGACGUGUUCCCCGAGUCCUGUAAAGAGCUGCAGGAGCUGGGUGCUCAGAUUCUGGACAGUCCAGCAGAUGUGGCAGACAAGGCGGACCGUAUCAUCACCAUGCUGCCAUCCAGUCCCAACGUGGUGGAUGUAUAUACAGGACCCAACGGGAUUCUAAAGAAGGUGAAGAAAGGCUCUCUCCUCAUUGACUCCAGCACCAUCGAUCCGUCCGUUUCUAAGGAGAUGGCAGCCGCCGCAGAGAAAAUGGGAGCUGUGUUCAUGGACGCUCCCGUGUCUGGAGGUGUAGGAGCAGCGAGCUCGGGAAAUCUCACCUUCAUGGUGGGCGGGGCGGAGGAGGAGUUCACUGCAGCCAAAGAGCUCCUCAGCUGCAUGGGAGCCAACGUGGUUUACUGUGGCCAGGUCGGAACAGGACAGUCGGCAAAGAUCUGUAACAACAUGCUGCUGGCCAUCGGGAUGAUUGGGACUGCUGAAACGAUGAACCUGGGGAUUAGGCUAGGGCUUGAUCCCAAGCUGCUGGCUAAGAUCCUGAACAUGAGCUCUGGCCGCUGCUGGUCCAGUGACACGUACAACCCUGUGCCGGGCGUGAUGGAGGGCGUGCCGUCUGGGAAUAACUACCAGGGUGGAUUCGGCACGACGCUGAUGGCCAAAGAUCUGGGACUGGCACAGAACACGGCGACGAACACCAAGACCCCAGUCCCUCUGGGCUCUCUCGCGCACCAGAUCUACAGAAUGAUGUGUGCGCGGGGCUAUGCCGGAAAGGACUUCUCCUCUGUAUUCCAGUUCCUUCGAGAGGAGGAGGGACAAUAGGGGUCAAUACACCCUGCAGCUAGCUUAACUCUGCCCCUGCACUUCUGUAUACGCACACGCGCAUACACAUACAUACACACACUCACACACACGCAUACACACGUACACACACACACAGAUGCUAAACUGAGGUGCAUGCAGUCAGGGUGUGUGCCAGGGGACUUGUCAUAUGUGUGGCUGAUGGGGAAACGUAGAGUGACUAGGUGUUUGACAAGAUUGCGCAAGUUCGGUAUUUACUUUGUGGAAUCUUCUGUUACCUGUUUGAUCCUGCCUUGUAAAAGCAGAAAUCCUUUUUUUUUUUUUUUCUUUUUUUUUUUUUUUUGUCCUAGUUUCAGGAAGCUUCAUCUGAUUUGAGAAUCUUGAAUCUUGCUCUUCAGUAGCCUGAUGGAUGAUGGUUGAGUACAGUAACAGUGGGGGCACAGAACUGAAAACAGGGAGGAGCUGCAGUUUUCACAAGGGUGAAGAUGCAGAAUGAGCACAUUUACCAUGCACAGCCUCUGCAGUGGUCAUGGCCGUGUAGCCGUUUCUAUUCACGUUUUUUUUUUGUUUAUUUAGCUUUUAUUGGUGUUUUUUUUUUUUUUUGGUCACCAAUGAAAUUAGGGGUGAAAAGUCGGUGAUAAACCAAGGACAUCCACUAUGUGUGAAUUGUCAGGUGCUUUUAUGAUGUUCUAAAUUAAACCUGUCUCUUGUAGCCAGCACACGUCCAUUUCCAUUUUGAGCGAUAUGAUACUCAUGAGCUCUGAAGAUUUAUUGAGGCCAGGACUUGCCUGUUGCUUCAUAUCAUUGCAUAGUAUCUGUCUGGUUGUCUCCUGGUGACUUGGGAAUAUGUGUUUUACUUCAGCUUUUUUUAAAGUUGUAUCUGUUCACUAGACUUCUCUCUCUCUGUCUGUCUGCCCAUGUUUUUUUUUUGUUUUGUUUUUUGUUUUUUUUCCCUCUCACUAAACUGGUCUCUGGUCUCUCAGAGGUCUCUGCCAUUUUCUGUCCUGUGUCUGGGGUUUAUGGGAUUGACUCUACGCACGGUGCCAUGGAAACCGUUAAAUGGGCUGUUACCCGAGGCAACGCGUGGGCCCUAGGGGCGGGCUUGAGUGUGCUGGAUCACAGCGGAUCUGGGUGGCAGCGAGACCCACUGCGGCAGAUUCAAGGACCCGCCACCUCCCUGAAGAUGACCACUGCAGGAACUCCACCACAGGUUUUAUGACUCCCCAGAGACCCUACAGUCCUACUCGCGGUGGUACUGCAGAGUUGGGGUUAUAACGGGAUUGUAACGUGUGUACAUAUGUAGAUUAUUUUUUGUUGUGUAAAUAAGUCCAAUCAAAAAAAUCUGGAGUUCACUGUAGCUACCAUGACUGUACAUCUUCCCGGACUGACUUGACGGAGCCUUGCUCGGUACUUGCUCGGAUGGUCUCCCUCAUUACUGAACUGACGGAGUCUCACUGUUUUCUGUAAAAACAUCCAGAUCGCACUGCUGUGUCCAAUAAACCCAGGCCUGGGGCUCUGCUCCAGUCUGCACACUGCUGCUCUUCAGCACCUCCUUCUCUGCCUUUCAUUUAUUUCCCCUCUUCCCUUGCAUGUCUGAAUGCCCCUUCAUAUUUCUUUACCUGCUAUGACCUCAUGUUUCUCCUGGGAAAGAGUACAAAUGAUUCUGACUGCCCCUUUUCCAGGCCGAGUGGAGCAAUUGAGCAUUUUCAUUCUGGCUACUCGCACAUGCGCUGUAUUUGUGAAAGCUGUGCAACAUCAAAGCUCUGAAUGAUUUCCUGAAGACUGCAGGGGGGGGGACUGCUCACAGUCCACUGGGCCACGACAACUUGGAACCUGGUUCUCCUUUUUUGUUGUUGUUGACAUUAUAAAAUCGCAUCCUCAAGUGCCAUAUGAAGGCUAGAAAAUGGUAUUACAAGAACAUUAAUAAAAGUUGAAGUUCACUACAAAAUGGAAUUUUUACCCUAAUAUUAACCAAACCUAAGCCACUUUCCUGAAUGUAAUUUUUACAGAAGUCUCAUUGUGUUCCUAAAGCGUCAAAUGUAAUUUGAUGUACCUCUUGAUAUUUUUAUGGACUGAGUUCCAGUCUAUAAUGGUUCUUUAGCUUUUUAUAAUAGCUGGAUAAUUUUUAAUGGAAUCCAAAGCCCACCUAAGUGGUCUUCCUAUUGCAUAUUGUAGGUUGCAGUGUUUUUCAGCCAGAAUCUAUAGAUUUGCAUUUUAAAUGUGAAUGAAUGUGCACGCUAUAACCGUAUUGCACACUUGUCACUGAUCCUAAUCUAUGAGAACAACUUGGACUGAAUUUCUCUGUUCUACCCAUAGUACACAGAAGCCUGUGUCUUGAGUGAGUACAUGUGUAUAAGCGGCAUACCUCUGAUGUUGCCAGUAAAGAGUCACAGAGUGAGAGUCCAAGGGUCACAUGAUUUUAGGACAAACUAAUAAAAUUUCCAUUAACUUCUGAAGGCUUAAGUGGCGCUUUGUUAUACGUGGAGCAGAAUUUACUAACAGAGUGGCGCCGUAAACCCGCCACCCCCCAACUCGGAGUGGAAUUCCUUGAACUGGCUUCUAGACUGACGCAGGAGAGGCUUGGAGUUCUUUGUUCUGGAGACACAACAAAGAUGUGCUAAUUCCACCCCAGGUUCAGUGUAGUUGGUUGAAGCCCAGCCGCCAUCACAAUGGCAGGCAAGCACCAGCCAAGAACUUUGAAUGGGACUUAAAAGCAUAACAGAAGAGAACCUAGUGUCUGUUCUUUGAAAAGCGGUUUUUGCCAUUGUUCAGGGCAGAACUCUGGGUUUAGAUUUAUAAUUUCCUCUGUUACUCUCGCCAUGAACCUGAUCAUGUGCUUGUUUGCCUAACUUUAGCUAACUGCAAGAACUGGGGACAUGUUCAAUUGGAAAACGUUUUGCUACGGUUUCUGGGUUGAACGAAAUGUUCCUCCCAACGGUGUGCAACGUUUUGCAACAGGAUUUGAGGUACGUUUGUUCUCGUUAGGCGGGUGUGUCGUGGGUGUUGCCCGAAUCAUUAAUGACUUAGGCCUUAUGCUUUAAAACCCGGAUGGCCUUCUCAGACGCCAUGAUGGCAAACCCGUACCCACGUCAGUCAGUCCGCCCACGGUUUGCAACGUGCCACCGUUUCUGUUAAAAUGAACGUUUUGCCCGUUGUGUCACUCGUCAGUUUUCUUACUUUGAAGUUUGUCUUAAAUGUCGACUAAAUUGUUCAGUGUGCCUUUUAGGCCUGUCAAUAAAAAAAGCCACUCACAUCGAAUUGUUCUGCUCCUGAUUGCUAACCUUCAGCUGGCAGAUCUUAAGAUAAUGUUAUUGCAUAGCAGAUAUUUGCCGUCACAGUGUUGUUUUCACUUGCCCUGUUUAAGUAGGCUAUUGUUAGAAGUUCGUUGAUCCAAUUUCAUAAUCAAUUUAGUUGCGCUUUAAUUUUCGAAUAAUUUAACAACGAAUUUCACUCUCAUUAACCAUUUUUAACCUAAGACCUGGCGUACACAUGCGUGGACUCCACAUUUUGGGCUGUACAACCAUAAUACUUCAUUCUUAAGACCGAGAGUCCACAUAUGUGGACAUCAUUUUUCUGAAAAACUACAUCAUGUCAAAAGAUGAUGCUUAGUUUUUAUACUUAUCAGGUCCCAAUAAGCCCAAAUAGCAAAGAGAAAUUAAAAAUGCAUACCAAAAAAGUGCGGGUUUUAGGAGGUUAAAAAUUAUUUUAUCGAAUGGUUUUUUGUUAGUUCCACCCCUCAUAUUUCAUGCUCCCAAAUAACUUCCAUAUAAAUGAUUAGCCUGGGUUUCGUCCGGUGGAUGAGAUGCGUUUUUUUUCUCUUUGAUGGAAAUUGUCCAUGAUCGUGAUUCGUGAACAAUUGUUUAGCACACCAAUAUGAUAGCCUCAUCUUCUAUAUAAGCUACGACUAUUAUAGUAUGCCAAAAGUCACUUUUAAUUUAUAUUCAUAAAUUGCUUAUAAACUGGUAACAACAUAUCCAUUACUUCUUUAUUGGACUACUGAAUCAUGCCAAUGUUACUGGGUAGGCCUACACAACAAACAUAAACUUAUUCCAUGCAUGCCAUUGUCAAUACUCCCGGACUUAUUGUGCCAAUUGGUGAAGCUGAGGAUAGAAGCACCUGACCGCGAGCUGUCCGUCUAAAAUGAAAACGAUCUGGAUUUUCUUUUUCUUUUUUGUUCUUAAGUAAGUCAGUCUUAGUGUAUAUUUGUAUUGGCCCAUACAGUUUAAUGUGCAAUGAAAGCGAGUUUAGAUGCUUAGAGAAGUUUCUGAUAACCAGCAGGUUUUACAAUAGCUGUUGUAGGGCUAUUCGAGGGUGAGGUGCAGUGCAUGUCCAAGACAACUUAUGUUUCCAGACACUGUACAUCUGAACGCAUUGAUUUUAAAUAAUUUACUGACAAUUAUAAACAUAAAUUUGGCGAUAUAGUGUUAUUACCUUUUCCCUUAGUGCAGCGUUGCAUGUACCAUAGCAAAUGAUGUCUUGUCUACAUGUAUUUGUAGACUACUGGAACACAAAUCCCUGUAUGGCAGCUACUAGCCUUUGUAAAGCAAGCCGUUCAUCAUAAAAUAUCUAAUCGGACACAAUAACUGGCUGUAACAUAAAAAAUAUAUACACAGUAAAGUUUAAAUAUAUUUUAUCCCCAGAAGUAAGCUAUUGUUUUAAAGAACCUUUUAGAGUCUCCCUUGCCUGUCAAUGCCAAGAUUGAUUGCUCUAUGAUAGUUCACAUUAUACACUGAGAGCCCUUACUGAGGGCUGAAGAGAUGACUUGAAUAUUGCCAAUAAGCAAAAAUAUUGGGUGUGUAUAAAAUAACUAGGAAUGUGAAAGGACUGAUGUGUGUAAGGUAUCUGACUGUUUGUAAAGGGACUUAAUGUAUCUGAAGGGUCUGCUUAAAAGCUUCAGUUCUAUAUUCUGCACUGGUCAAGCAGGUAAAGGUACAUGUUUUUGCUUGCAUAUAAAUGAAGAGCAAAAUGUAAUACAAUGGCCUGACUUUUUAUAAGUGGAAAAAGUGUUUGUCAAGAUAUGGUACAACCUUAAUGUUGCAUGAUGUUUUUUCCAUCAGUGGGUUAGGAUAUAGAUGUGCGCAUUCCAAAGCAGAAGUUUUGUGCUAUGUUUGUAGACAAGAUACCAAACGUUCCCUCACUCGCAUGUUAUGUCUGCACUGCUCAGGAGUUACGCCUUUAAAAUGUACAGUAUGCCAUGUUGAAUAAAAUUAUUUUUUUUAUUUUA